GAAGCUCGUUGGCCAAUCUAUGCGAUGCUGGAAUGCCUGGAAGAGAGGCCAUCCUUUCUGUCCAUUGUUGAGGGAGGGAGGGAGAGAGAGAGAGAGAGAGAGAGAGAGAUCCAGCAGGGAGGAGGUGAAAGGGAGGAAAAGGAAUAGGGGUGGCGAAAGGACAGAGAAGCAGACAUGGCUUCUAAAGAGAUCCCUUCCUCUGGUUUUGUCAGUGUGAGCAAGGAUAUCACAGAAAGCAUCAGGAAGAUUAUUGAUAAAUCAUCUAUAAAGUUUGUUUGUAGCAUUAAGCUUGACACCAAAAAUGGCAAAACAGAGGACCGAAUUCUGGUCCUCGCAACAUGGCGUCUCUAUCUCCUGGCUUCGAAGAUUCCUGCUAAGGUGGAAACCACAUUUAACUUCUUGGAGAUACGAGCCUUGAAUUCUCACCCCGACCAUCAGGUUGUCAUCGACACUGACAAGUCCAGUUACUCCCUGAGGUUUGAAUCACGUGAGAACCUAAAUCAUGUGGUCAACCAUAUUAAUUUUGCCCUGUCUCGAAUAUUCAACAACUCCAUUUUUGCUCCAUCCAUCUGUCACUCAGACAGUGACCUUUCGGAGGGCAGCAGGAAGUAUUCGCCCAGCUCAGAGACUUCAGUGGAAACACAGAGAGCCUGCGGAGGCUUCUCAGAGACUUACGCCGCUCUGUGCGACUAUAAUGGCAUCAGCUGCAAGGAGGAAGUGCAGUGGGAUGUGGACACCAUCUAUCACUCCCAGGACAACCGAGAGUUUAACCUGCUGGACUUCAGCCACUUGGAGAGCAGAGAUUUGGCAGUAAUUGUAGCAUCAAUGGCGUAUAACACCUGGUUCACCAAGCUGUACUGCAAAGACCUUCGUAUUGGAUCAGAGGUCACUGAGCAGGUCCUGCAUACGGUCAGCAAGUCCUCCAGCCUUGAGGAGAUCACCCUAGAGAACGCUGGAUUAAAAUCAGACUUUCCACAGAAGAUGUCAGCUGCUCUUUCAGAGAAUCCUGCCUCAGUCAUUCACUCGCUCAAUUUGGCCCACAACUCACUGGACAACCAAGGUGUGUCCAACUUAAUCCAGCAGGUGUGUCGCCUCAGCAAGGGACUUCGUCUCCUCAACCUAUCAAAGACCUCACUCACAUCCAAAGGCGUGGUGUCCCUCUCUCAGGCUCUAUGCUCCAGUGAUGAAUACUCUAACUCUCUCCUGCACCUGGACUUGAGCAAGAACCCCGGGGUCCUCUCAGGGGAGGAUGCUUCGAACUUGUAUCUCUUCUUGUCUCAGCCCAACUGUCUGGUCCACUUGGAUCUGUCAGGCACAGACUGCUCUGUUGACUCUCUAUUUGGGGCUCUUCUGAGGGGGUGUUGUGCUGAUCUUUCCUUUCUGAAUCUUUCCAAAAAUACCUUCUCCCACAGGAAAGUGAAGGAUACGUUGCCCUUGUUCCGUCAGUUCUUCAGCUCAGCUUUCAGCCUCACUCAUGUCAGCAUGGCCUCAAUGAAGCUGCCCCCUGAUGUUCUGAGAGCUCUCCUGACAGGGUUAACCUCCAAUCCUCACAUCAAUGAUCUCCAUCUGGAUGUCAGUGGUUGUGAGCUAAGGUCUGCAGGAGCUGCUGUAAUUCAGGAACUCUUCCCCAGGGUCGCCUCCAUUGCUACUCUGGAUCUCUCCGACAACGGUCUUGACGCAGACUUGCUGACAGUAUUGCCUGCCUUCUCGAGACACCCCUCCCUAAAGCACCUUCAUCUGGGCAAGAACUUCAACAUCAAAAACAGGGUUCUGGAUGAAGUUCUGCAGAAGCUGGUUCAACUCAUACAGGAGGAGGAAUGUGCACUGCAGUCUCUGUCCUUGUCUGACUCACGCUUGCGCUCUCGGGGCACCGUGCUGGUCAACGCCUUGGGUAGCAACACCUGCCUGAGAAAAGUGGACCUGAGCGGGAACAACAUGGAUGACAUUGGGGCAAAGAUGCUCAGCAAAGCCCUGCAGAUCAACACCACGCUGAGGAGUGUGACGUGGGAUCGCAACAACACCUCUGCUGCAGGAUUUCUUGAUGUGGCUCGAGCUCUUGAACAUAAUUUCACCUUGCAGUACAUGCCUCUGCCCCUAAGCGACAUCAGCCAGGCCUACCGCAGCGCCCCUGAGAAGACAGAGCAGGCCCUGACAAAGAUUCAGCGGGCUCUUGUGAGAAACAACCAGACCCAGCGCUUCUCUCAAAGACAGGCUCUGCGGCUGCACCAAGGCUUGGUCACCAGCACUGCCGAACAGGUGAUGGAGCGCCUCUGUGUGCGUGUCCAGCAGCAGGUUUGUUUGUUACGGGGCGUCGGAGAGAUGGAGGAGAUUCAAGCUGCUAAACAAGUACUGAAAGAGGCCAGGAACUCCCGCGCUCUCUACCCUUCACUGUGUGAGCUGGCUCAUGUGCUGUCUGUGGACGGGCCAGUGCGGCAGAGACUGGACUCUCUGGCAGGUGAACUCGCCAAAGCCGCGGAUAAGGAGCUGCAGGUGAUCGUCGACUCAAUGGUGUCUCUCUGCCGCGAGCUCUGUCCUUUAUCUUCCUCUGCCGCUGAGAGAUUAAGCCCCCCGCUCUCAUCUGUCUCUGAGCAUGUGUCCAUCCCUCGUUCUGCCAUUCGCACUGCCCUUAUGGAACGAGCGGCACAAGACAUUCACAGAGCUUUGGAAGAAGUAAAGCUAUCUGUGGUUUCAUAUCUCACCAACUCCAUUGUGGAUCAAAUCCUGCAGGAGCUCUACACUACCCAUAAGACACUGACCCGGCAGGUGUCUCAUCUUAAAAGUUGGGAGGGGACGUGUGAAGAUGGGACAGCUUGGAAGUUUAACAGACACAGAGACUCUCUGGAUAUCACAGACGAAGAGUUUGGCACCAGCAUAGACACAAUAGCCAUUAAGAAGCGCAGCUCUAGAACAAGGAGAAUAAGACCUGUGUCUACCAGGCUGAGUCUGUGUGACGACUCCAGCUCCUCUCCACCCCCAUCCGUUCCCUCAUACUCAUCACCGCUGUCCCGAUCAGCAUCAUGGGAGGGCCUGUCUGAGCUGCCUACACAGGGUCUGCCUCUCCACCAUGUGACACGGGUUCGGCCCAGGCCUCCACGGAGGCACAAGGGAGGGCACAUUCCUGCUGAGACGAACUGCAGUGAAAAUGGAGGAAUAAGCCCACUGGAUGAUGGACUGCCAGAUUUUUAUUCAAAAAGAGUUCUACCUGAUAGUCAGCUGUCCUCUCUGCACAAAGUGCACUCUCUGAGGAGGAAGAAGAGGAGAAACAUGCUGGCUAUCUUCGGUUUCCGUAAAAACCGCAACCAAACUAUUUCACAUCAGGGAUCUGAAUCUGAAGCAGAGAUCUAUGGAGAUGGAUGUCACACUGUUGCUACAGCACCCACAGGGACAGCAAUGGAGAAUGUAUACACACUCCUCCAACCUCCGCGGUCUGCUGCCACAGCCGGAUCUCCCAGCGAGGGGGCUGACUGGAAAAUGAAUGAUCACCAGGGGAAAAGCACUCUUGUCCUGAGUCCACCACCAGUGCCAGGCAUCCCUCACCCAGGCGUGGGUGGAGCCAAACACCCCUUUUAUUCUCCUAGAGAGAUAUCUGAAGUGGAUGCUGUGUUUGAGAAGCCGGUGGAAACAGACAAGUACUGGGCAGAUGACAAACAGAGGACGACAGAGGUACUGCAGGCAGAAAAGGAGUGGAUUAUAGAGGGACAACCAAGUGAUUCACAUGCAGAGAGGCAGCGGUUUGAUGACAGGCUACAAGAAAGAACUUUUGGAGAGACAAAAACAACAGACAAACAUGCUGACAGGUGCUGGACUGAGAGCAGACACCCAGACAGACACAUGGAGAGGCAGUGGACAGUUGACAGACACACCCAGCGGCAGAUUGACAGAAAAAUAGAGAAACAGUGGAUGGGUGGCAGACAGAUAGAAAGAUCAUGGUCAGAGAACAGACCAGUGGACAUACAGGUUGACAAUCAGUGGACUGAGAGCAGACACGCAGGAAGAAAGAUGGACAGACAAGUCGCAGGACUUCAUUUGGCUCAAAGACCACUCCCUCCAUACCCCUCGGACAGGACGCCCUCACCAAAACAGGAUAGCGAUCCUUUGAAAAGCGCAGAGGCAGCAGCGAUAGAGUGGCAUCCGCAGGACGUGCAGGGAGACAGACACACCUGUUUAGAUUUCUGUGGAGGUUCCAUCGAUGGCUGGAGGAGUAGUGCCAGUCGAGCAGCGCCUUGCGCAUCAAAGCCAGAUCCCCCACCCCAAAGUAGUAAACCCAAUCUUACCAAGCUGAGGCACAGACAUCGACAUGAGAGCUCAGACGCCCUACCAGAAGAAGAAGGAGAUGAGGAGAAACAUCCUGGAAAGACUGAGAAGAGCGAAAGAGAAAAAAGACGAGAUUCUGAGGGUCAGCCCCCUCCAAUUCCUGAAAAGCCAAAGACCACCUCCUACGUUACUUUUCCAAAAGAAUCACUCAAUGAAAGGAACUUACCUCCCCCUCCUGUGCCACCUCCAGUCAACAAGCCAAUACAUGGGCUGCCAGACAGAGCUGCAAGUCAAGGUGAGGAAGGACUGAGACCUCAGGCUCCAGUAAAGCCACAAAGAAACAGAAAAGCAAUGUCCUGUGAUGCAGGCACUGAAAGAGAAAGCCCAAAUAACGUUGAGAAGCCCCCAAAUCGCAAACCCCCUGUGAAAAAACCUAGACUACCACAAAACAGAAAUAAGUCACUGGACGUGUCUGGUACAUGUCUCUCUGUUUUUAUGUGUAUAUUUAUAUAUAUGUGUGUGUGAAAUGUUGCAAAGUGUGAGUCAAGAGGGAAUCACUCAGUGACAAUGUAGUUGGGAAAUGUGAUAAUUGAACUGCUACCUAUAAGAAGUACCAAGCCUUUUUACCUUAGUAAUACCAGCCCUUUUUUUUUUCCACCUUACAGACAGCUUCAAUUCAACACCUGGUCACAGUGAGCUGUUGUGAUGUCUGAAAACUUCACCUUAUGCUGUCAGAGUUGUCAUGGCAGCUGUGGAGAAUUUCAUCCAGUGAGAGUGCAGACGGGGAGAUCUUGGCAGAAGACUUCAACAUGGCAGACGUCAUAAAGCAUUAAUCACCUGAAAUGCUCAAUUUGCUCGCCUCUUCAUUCCAACUGAAUUUUCCUGUCUUUGUUUUCCUCUCACAUGAAAACCUGCAACUCUUUUUGUGGCUAGAGUAUUUUAACACAGUAUUUGCUACUUUAGAAAACCCAAAUGAUCUUUCGUCGUGUGUGUUGGUGGACAGUGGGCAGAGUGCUUGGGCAUUGUGGCUUUGCUAGACAGAGGAAAAAAGUGUUUUUUAUUAGAAAGUGAUUUCUAAAUCUGCGUUGAAUUUGAUUGCUGGUAGUCACUCACACAAAUGAGUUGCUUCUUAUCAAAUAAUACUUGAUGAUUUAUAUCUAGUUUUGCUUUCAGGAACUGAAAGGUAAUAUAUUUUAUAGAGAAAAUAAAUAUUAUGUAUGAGCACCCUCACUGUAUGAAUAAAACACAAAUGACAAAACA